AUGACCAAACUCAGUGCCCAAGUCAAAGGCUCCCUCAACAUCACCACACCUGGGGUGCAAAUAUGGAGGAUCGAGGCCAUGCAGAUGGUGCCUGUUCCUCCCAGCACCUUUGGCUGCUUCUUCGACGGUGACUGCUACAUAGUCCUGGCUAUCCACAAGACGGGCAGCAACCUGUCCUAUGACAUCCACUACUGGAUUGGACAGGCCUCGUCCCAGGAUGAGCAAGGGGCAGCAGCCAUCUAUACUACGCAGAUGGACGACUUCCUAAAGGGCCGGGCUGUCCAGCACCGUGAGGUCCAAGGCAAUGAGAGCGAGGCUUUCCGAGGCUACUUCAAGAAGGGGCUUGUGAUCCGGAAAGGGGGCGUGGCUUCUGGCAUGAAGCACGUGGAGACCAACUCCAGUGACGUCCGGAGGCUGCUGCAUGUGAAGGGCAAGAGGAACGUGGUAGCUGGAGAGGUGGAGAUGUCCUGGAAGAGUUUUAAUCGUGGGGAUGUUUUCCUCCUGGACCUUGGGAAGUUUAUCAUCCAGUGGAACGGGCCGGAGAGUAACCGUAUGGAGAGACUCAGGGGCAUGACCCUGGCCAAGGAGAUCCGAGACCAGGAGCGGGGCGGACGGACCUACAUAGGAGUGGUGGACGGGGAGAACGAGAAGGAGUCUCCGCAGCUGAUGGAGGUCAUGAACCAAGUGCUGGGCAAGCGGAGGGAGUUGAAGGCAGCUGUGCCUGACACAGUGGUGGAGCCCGCACUCAAGGCCGCUCUCAAGUUGUACCACGUGUCGGACGCAGCAGGAAAGCUGGUGGUCAGAGAGGUCGCCACGCGGCCACUCACACAAGACCUGCUCAAGCACGAGGACUGUUAUAUCCUGGACCAGGGGGGCCUGAAGAUCUACGUGUGGAAGGGGAAGAAUGCCAAUGCCGAGGAGCGGAAGGGAGCCAUGAGCCAGGCCCUGAACUUCAUAAAAGCCAAGCAGUACCCCCCAAACACGCAAGUGGAGGUGCAGAACGAUGGGGCGGAGUCCGCCGUCUUCCAGCAGCUCUUCCAGAAGUGGACGGUGCCCGGCCGGACCUCAGGCCUGGGCAAAACCCACACCGUGGGCUCCGUGGCCAAGGUGGAGCAGGUGAAGUUUGAUGCCAUGUCCAUGCACGUCCAGCCUCAGAUGGCUGCCCAGCAGAAGAUGGUAGACGACGGGAGCGGGCACGUACAGGUGUGGCGCAUUGAGAACCUAGAGCUGGUGCCUGUGGAGUCCAAGUGGCUGGGCCACUUCUACGGGGGUGACUGCUACCUGCUGCUUUACACCUACCUCAUCGGGGAGAAGCCCCACUACCUGCUCUACAUCUGGCAGGGCAGACAGGCCAGCCAGGACGAGAUCACAGCCUCGGCCUAUCAGGCCGUAAUCCUGGACCAGAAGUACAACAAUGAACCCGUCCAGAUCCGAGUCCCGAUGGGCAAGGAGCCACCGCACCUCAUGUCCAUCUUCAAGGGACGCAUGGUGGUCUACCAGGGAGGCACCUCCCGGGCUAACAGCGUGGAGCCCGUGCCCUCCACACGGCUGUUCCAGGUGCGGGGAACAAGCGCCAAUAACACCAAGGCUUUUGAGGUCCCGGCCCGGGCCGCCUCCCUCAACUCCAACGAUGUCUUCAUCCUCAAGACCCCAUCCUGCUGUUACCUGUGGUGUGGGAAGGGCUGUAGCGGAGACGAGCGGGAGAUGGCCAAGAUUGUCUCUGACACCAUCUCCCGGACGGAGAGGCAAGUGGUGGUGGAAGGGCAGGAGCCGGCCAACUUCUGGAUGGCGCUGGGCGGGAAGGCGCCCUAUGCCAGCACCAAGAGACUGCAGCAGGAAAACAUGCUCAUCACCCCCAGGCUCUUUGAGUGCUCCAACCAGACCGGGCGAUUCCUGGCCACAGAAAUCCCCGACUUCAAUCAGGACGACUUGGAAGAGGAUGAUGUGUUUCUGCUCGAUGUCUGGGACCAGGUCUUCUUCUGGAUCGGGAAGCAUGCCAACGAGGACGAGAAGAAAGCUGCCGCCAUCACAGUGCAGGAGUACCUCAAGACCCACCCCAGUGGCCGGGACCCUGAGACCCCCAUCAUCUUGGUGAAGCAGGGACACGAGCCCCCCACCUUCACGGGCUGGUUCCUGGCGUGGGAUCCCUUCAGGUGGAGUAACGCCCAAUCCUAUGAGGACCUAAAGGGGGAGCUCAGCAACUCUGGGGACUGGAGCCAGAUCACUGCUGAGAUCACAAACCCUAAACAGGAAGUGUUCAAUGCUAACAGCAACCUCAAUUCUGGGCCUCUACCCGUCUAUCCCCUGGAGCAGCUGGUGAACAAACCUGUGGAGGAGCUCCCUGAGGGUGUGGACCCCACCAAGAAGGAGGAGCACCUGUCCCUUGAGGAUUUCAGCAAGACCUUUGGGAUGACUCCAGCUGCCUUCUCUGCCUUGCCUCUGUGGAAACAACAAAACCUCAAGAAAGCAAAGGGACUAUUCUGA